UUUUUUGUUACAUUUUUUUACUCCAAAUAUUUAUAGUUUUAACAAAAAAAGGCCCAUAUUUGAGCACCACGUGCUCAAAUAUCGGCCUUUUUUUGUUAUAUUUUUAUACUCGUGCUCAAAUAUGGGCAUUUUUUGUUAUAUUUUUAUACUCGUGCUCAAAUAUGGGCCUUUUUUGUUAUAUUUUUAUACUCCGAAUAGGGUUCUGUCUUCAUGGCAUAGUUGGAAUUGGAAUCAGGAGCAGCAACGGACUGUGUGCCCGUCACCGACCGUCAUAUAGUCAUGGAGGGGUUCCUAGGUCAAUCUCUUUUCCAAGUACUCCGGUCAUAAUGACGCUACCGCCGUUGUUACUUGUUCCUCGAGGAGACGUACGAGCCGCCGCCCCGACAUCCAGAUUCCAGAAUUACAGACCCUCCGAUCCAGCCGGCGGCGGCAUUAUGCUGCGCUGCUACUUCGGCGGGUCGCCAACAAGAGCAGAUCAUACUGCAUCAGGGAACUGCAAUCUUUCUGCUGCUGCUGCUGGUGGUGCAAUCGUAGUUGACGCCGAGGAUAUGUCAUACACGCUCAAGAUAGCGGGAUACUCGAGAACCAAGGCGCUGCUCGAGACCGGCAAGUGGGCAACAUCUACUCCUUUUCGUGUUGGAGGCCAUGUUUGGACCGUGCGUUAUUGCCCAAACGAUGAUGCCGAUUUCGUGUCUAUUUACCUAGUUCUUGAUUCUGAGGGUGCCAAUAAGGAUGUCAAGGUGAGAUGCAAGUUCAGUGUGCUCGACAAGGCCGGGGUGCCAGUGCCUUCUCUCAGCCGUGCCUACAAGUCCGUACAGACCUUCACGCCAAAAGAUUCCACCUGGGGCUACAGCAAAUUUAUCAGCAAGGAGGAUUUGGAGGGGUCGCCGCAUCUCAGAGACGAUUGUUUCACCAUCAGAUGCAAUGUCACCGUCUUGAAGGAGAUCCGCUGCGAGGAAAUUACAAAGCUUAAACGACAGUUUGUAGUGGUUCCUCCGAGCAACAUGUGCCGGGACCUCGGUGGUCUCCUCGAGAGCAUGGAUGGAGCAGACGUCACCUUUCACGUUGGCGGGCAGAAAUUUUCAGCGCAUAGGUCCGUGCUCGCUGCUCGGUCCUCCGUCUUCAAGGCGGAGCUCUUCGGCUCCAUGAUGGAGAAUGCCGGUGAUCCGGUUGAGAUCGGUGAUAUGGAGAGCGACGUGUUUAAGUCAUUGCUGCAUUUCAUAUACACUGACGACUCACCGCCUGAGAUGACCCGUGAAGACGUGGUGAUGGCUGGCCAUUUACUCGUUGCGGCUGACAGGUACGAUGUUGAGAGGUUGAAACUGAUAUGCAAGGAUAAGUUGUGCACACACAUUGACUCCGACAACGUGGCGACUAGCUUAGCUUUAGCUGAACAACAUAGUUGCCCUGGACUAAAGGAAGCCUGCUUUGAGUUCCUUGCCUCUCCUUCCAAUUUUGAGGCUAUGGUGGCAAGUGAUGGUUAUGAGCAUCUGAAGAGCAGUUGCCCCUCCGCUCUCAAGGAGCUGAUUGCUAGAUUCUUACCCGCUGAGCUAAAAGCGGCCAAGGAUAUCAUCAUUAAAUUCUUAGUACCCCACAGCGUGUGA